GCUCCAUGGUCCGAGUUAACGAUGUCCAGAAAUCGGUUCACGGACGGUCACCCUCCCGGUGACAGGGUGCGAAUAAAUAGCGCUCCGUGUGUACAGUGAGACGCCUGUCGUUGUUCCUCAAGUACUAAGUGCAGGUGUUGGUCCUGCAACGAGUACUCCACCUAUUCCCCCCAUCUGUUAUCUCAAAAUUGAUAAGAUGGCCUCCACACGUAGACUUUCCUCAACCCUCGAGAUGACCUCCACAAAACAGCCUGCCUCUCGUCGAGGCUCAGAGCGAAGGAUUCCCGAUAGGCGUGGAUCAGGGUAUUCGUCUGGUCAAUCCAGACGUCCUUCUAUCGACCCAUCGAGGUUGAUCCCGAUGGACAAAACCACGCACGUUGGCGGAACAAAUGACUUCAAUGUCGUCUUUAUCGGUGCAGGAAAUAUUAUGUUUGGAUCCGAUGAGGGACCCUGGAACCACUCUUUCCGGUUCGAGCAUAAGCUCGGUCUGCGUCUCAAAGUAGUGGCCCUCAUCGAUCCCGCAAUCGAGCGUGCAACCGCUGUACUCCAAAAGAAAUGCGACUCCUUCGUCAUAUCUGCGUACCAGGCAACGCGUGUGUUCAAAACCCUCGAGGACUUUGUUAAGAACAUGGCUCCCAAGGACCGUCCUCGCGCGAUUGUCGUCGGUUCUCCUCCGAUGUUCCGCGGAACCCUCCAGCCGGGUCGCGAUAUUGAGAUGCAAAUUCUGAAGUACUUCCCUGGCGUGGCCAUCUUCAUGGAGAAGCCGAUAGCGACCGGUCCAAAGCACGAGCUGGACGAGUCUUUCCAGAUUGCGAGGGCCAUCUCCGACUCCAAGGCCAUCUGCUCUGUCGGGUAUAUGCUAAGGUACCUGAAAGCCGUUCAGAAGAUGAAGCAGAUCAUCGAGGAGAACGAACUUACCGUGAUGGUCACCAUUGCUCGUUAUGCAUGUGCUUACGAGUCAAUCGCGAAACCUGACUGGUGGGAUAAAUCCAAGAGUGCUGGUCCCGUCAUCGAGCAGGGAACCCAUUUCUGCGAUCUCUCGCGGUACUUUGGUGGGGAAGUCGAUAUAGCCUCUGUCACCGCCCAUUCCCUUGAUUGGGACGAGAAUGCAGGUCAUCUCUCGAAGGUGCGCAUCGAUGAGAGCAAGAUUGCCCCGGAGAACAGGAUUCCCCGAGUUACCGCAGCCACUUGGAAAUAUGAUUCCGGCGCUGUUGGCAGUUUCAUUCACACUGCGACCCUCCAAGGGCACAACUACAGCUGCGAGCUCGAGGUCCAUGCCGAUGGCUACUCCCUCAAGCUCGUCAACCCUUACGUCCAACCUAUGUUGUACGUCCGCAGGCCUGGCGACGACCACGAACAAAUGUAUACCUUCCCCGACGACGACCCAUUCUUCUCCGAAGUAUCCAACUGGAUCGACAUCAUCGAGGACAUCGAAGAGGACCCUGAGGCUGCUCAGAUCUUGAGCUCAUACGAAGACGCAUGCAGGACCUACGAGCUUACGUGGGCCAUUCGCGAGGCCAGCGAGCGUUCUCGCGCAGCUAGACUCGCUGCGAGCAAUGCUGCUGCCACUGUGUUUGAGGAGGAAGGUGAAUCUGAAUAAGAUCAUCACAUACCUGUGUUGGAAACCUUGGAAUGAGGAGAUCGUUCCGAAUCACUGUAAAAUAGUAUA